GUCGCGACGCAGAGUCUCCCAAGGAUGACCAUGUUCAACCAGCGUAACGCGUAACGCUGUCAUAAUCCGUGUCGCGAUCUGUAUUGUUAUUCGUGUCGGUGUAAUUGAUAAUACUGACAACGGAACUUUUACGAUUGACGAAUUUCUGGCGUUUGUUGUGCGCGUAAUUGUCGGUAAUGGAGCGGGUCGCGCGAAUUCUGCGAUGGCGAAUACUCGUCGUCCCAGUGGUGCUUAAUGUAGCUGUCGUCGCUGUCUCAAUUCAGCCAAGGCACCUUAACGCAGCUCACUCCGUCACUGGACCAUCAUGUCUAAACCAGCCAUCAACAAUUCCCUUUUGGCUUCUGCUGUCGCCAUCAUCUCCGCAGUCUUCUUCCUCUGUUAAUCUGCAGAGUAGUAGUGGGUCCUGUGUUCUUCCUAAUCAAGUGAUGCUAAAGGGCAUCCCACAAGAAAGCCAACGUUUGCUUAUAAUCCAGCCGAUUUCAGGAGCAGAGUGCGUCCUCAGCAGUGAAAAUCUGAUAGUUGACGAAGCCGAGAUACUUAUUUCAUGUUAUACAGACAAAGACAGAGCUGAAAGGGAGAUUAAUGACAUAGGAUCUUCCUUUGCGACACGAGCUCCCUCCACAAUAGCAGAUGACACCACCACCCUCACAGCAGCAGAAGACACCGCCACCUCCACAAUAACACAUGGUAACACCACCUACACAAUAACAGAUGACACCACUAACUCCACAAUAGCUGAUGACACCACCACUUCCAUAAUAACAGAUGACACUACCACCUCCACUAUAGUAGAUGACAAUACCACCUCAGCGAUAUCAGAUGACACCACCACUCUCACAGUAGCAGAAGACACCACCACCUCCACAAUAAUGACACCACCACCUCCACAAUUAGCAAAUGACACCUACCACCUUCCGACAGUAACAGAUGACACCACCACUUCUCACAAUAGCAAGAUGACACCACCACCUUCCCACACAGAUGACACCACCACUCUCACAUAUCAGAUGACACCACCACCUUCCACAAUACCAGAUGACACCACCACCUCCACAGCAGAUGACACCACCCACCUCCACAAUAAGCAGAUUGACAACCACCACCUCCACAAUAAGCAGAUGACACUACCACCUCCACAAAUAGCAGAUGACACUACCACUUUCACAAUAACAGAUGACAUCACCACCUCCACAGUAACGGAUGACACCACCACCUCCACAGUAACAGGUGACACCACCACCUCCACAGUAACAGCAGAUGACACCUCCACAGUAACAGAUGACACCACCGCUUCCAGAAUAGCAGAUGACACUACCACUUUCACAAUAACAGAUGACAUCACCACCUCCACAGUAACGGAUGACACCACCACCUCCACAGUAACAGGUGACACCACCACCUCCACAGUAACAGAUGACACCACCACCUCCACAAUAACAGAUGACACUACCACCUCCACAAUAGCAGAUGACACCACCACCUCCACAAUAACAGAUGACACCACCACCUCCACAAUAAUAGAUGACACCACCACUUCCACAUUAACAGAUGACACUACCACCUCCACAAUAGCAGAUGACAUCACUACCUCCACAAUAGCAGAUGACACCACCACCUCCACAAUAGCAGAUGACACCACCACAAUAAUAGAUGACACCACCACCUCCACAAUAGCAGAUGACACCAUCACAAUAAUAGAUGACACCACCACCUCCACAGCAACUAAUGACACUAUCAUCUCCACAGAAUCAUAUGACACCACCUCCACAGUAACAGAUGGCACCACCACCUCCGAAAUACUAGAUGACACCACCACCUCCGUGAUGACAGAUGACACCACCACUUCUUUGGAAACAAAUGACACCGCCACCUACACAACGAAAAUUAUAAUUGAUACUACAACUUCUUUGGGAACAGAUGACACCAGCACCUCCACAGUGACAGAGGUCAACACCACCUCCGCCAUAACUGAUGACACCAUCACUUUCACAAAAAAAGGUGACAUCAUAAACGUAACAGAUGUCAGCACUACCUCCACUAUAACCGACGCCACCGCUUCUGUAAUAGGAACUGACACCAUAUCUGCAUCAAGAGAUAAGACCUCUACAGUAACAGAUAUCACCACAUCCACUGUAAUAGAUGAUAUUCCCCAUUAUUCAGAGACAGAUGGCACUAUACCCCACACUGUAAUAGAUGGUACUACAAACUUUUUAGAAAUUAAUGACACCAUAUCUUCCUUAGAAACAGAUGAGAUCACAUCUUACCCAGCAGCAAACGACAUAACACACUACUUAAUAACAAAUGACACCACUCCCCACUUUGCAGUAGAUGACACUAUCGCCUACACAAUAACAUAUGACACCAUCACAGUAACAGAUGACACAGUUAACUUUAUAACAACAAAGAACACAGUGACAGAUGACAGCACAUCUUACCCAGUGGCAGAUAUCACCACACCUUACUCGGUAACGGAUAAAACGACUAGUUCAAUAAUGAUAGAUGACACCACUCAUUCCACACCACCAGAAAACAUCGGCAUCUCCUUAAUACCAGGGAGUGACGUCAUGAACACCACAGAAUCAAGUGACAUCUCUGAACCUAGCGAAGUUAUCUCAAAGUUACCAAGUGACAUUGACACCUCUACAUAUCCAAGCGUCAUUAAAACCACUACAGUUGCCAGAGUCGUCCACCUCCACGCGGUAACAAACGGGGCGGAUGCUGCCUCAGUGCCCCCUGUAAUAUCUGAUGAUUUUACGACCGCUGUGUUGCCCAGUGACAUUCAUACUACAGACUCGCUUAGUAAUAUCAGUCCUACAACUAUACCAGGGGAUGGUAGUAUCGCCAGGACAUCCGUGGAGAUGAGUAAUACGACGACCAACAGCACUAAUACCACCGAGAUACCCAGUGAUAUUAGCACGACAGUAUCCAGUAACGUGCCUUCCGCACUUCCCCCUGACCUAAGCACCUCUGCUACAAGUGGCAUCGAUCACGCAAUACCCAGCGGUUCCAACAACACGCACUUCAAAAACCGCAGUGAAAUCGCGGUUCCUUCAACAAAGCUCACCGAAGACAAAUUAACCGACGGUGAUUUUAUAACGACAAGACCGGAGAUAGAUUUAGAGCAACUUGUCAUCGCGAGGCCAAAAUUAUUUCCUCCAGAAAGUUCGAUAACCACCUCCAAUGUUACUGAUGUGGAAAGCGCUUCACACACGCGUUGCUUGCCAUUGCACUGCAACAUAUCGGCCCCGGGAGAUCCAUCGGCUUGUCAGGUCUGCGCGCCCGCCAGCCAAGGCCUCUUCGGCAUGAUAGGCCCUCCUGGCAAAGCCGGUCCACGGGGCCGAGCGGGACCCCCUGGAAAAGCCGGACCGCCGGGUAGGGACGGUCUCCGCGGGCAGCCUGGUCCGCCCGGCAAGGAAGGGCCAAAGGGCGAGCGUGGCGCCGUCGUUGUGGGGCUCCCUGGCGUGCCUGGGGCGGUGGGGGCCCCCGGCGAAAAGGGAGACUCAGGAAGCCCGGGCCCUCGCGGAAUACCAGGAAAGAAGGGGAAACGAGGACGCAGAGGCAAGAAAGGCAAAGCAGGCAAGGCAGGCAAGAGGGGGAGGAAAGGCAAGAAGGGGAAAAGAGGGCCACGUGGCAGGGCAGGACGACAAGGCCCUAUAGGUCCACCUGGCCUACCAGCUGGCUGUGGUAAAGCGACGAUGCACCAGCUUCGUCCUUCGAGUGAACCGCCGUUGCUAAGAGGAAGAUUACGCCUUGGAAUACCUCCGGCUGACACCACCCAAACGGAAGACGACUUCCUCUGCAUAGACGCGCCUGUCACAUUCCGGAAUGGACUUGCCCUCCAGCAGGUGACUCCUACUCCUUCGCCAGGUACUUUGGUAUACCUGGAGGAGGAGGACUCGUUCGUCGGCCGCGUGAAAAGGGGCUGGCGCUAUAUCAGGAUGGGUACAAUGAUGCCCGACUAUUCCAGACUGAGAGACCGACCACUUGCCCCUUCAGGUGGCAAAGCCCUACGAUUAGCAGCCCUGAACACGCCCCUCGAUGGCAACAUGGGCGGUCUCCGGCGUGCGGACCGACGAUGCUUCAGGCAGUCACGACAAGCGGGUCUUCGGGGUACCUUCAGGGCCCUCCUCACCUCGAACACACAGGACCUGAACUCCAUCGUGCGUCGCCAGGACAGGCAUCUCCCCAUCAUCAAUCUCCAGGAUGAGAAACUGUUCGAAAGCUGGGACAGCAUCUUUAGCGGGACUCAGGCCAUCUUCGCCAAGCGGCCCAGUCUCAUCAGCUUCAGUGGAGACAACGUGAUGGAAAGCUCUAUUUGGCCGUCGAAGCACGUCUGGCACGGAUCCGGGGUGACGGGGAAUAGGUCCGCGAUUGCCUGCGACGGAUGGACGAGUAACGGCAUGAGAACCCGAGGCUUAACGUCUUCGCUCGAAUUGUACAGACUUCUCGGACAGCACACCCAUUCUUGCGAGAGACAGCUAGUCGUGUUGUGCAUUGAAGUUACCAGUGAACGUUAGAUGUUGCUUGCAUUACUGUUAUCGUUAUUAUCAUUAAUUUAACACUACUUGCCAAAUGCCCUACCGUGUGAUGUCGAAAGUAGCUCAGGUCAGCCUUGUCAAUGUUAGCUGUUUUGUAGUUGUAUAUCCUUUAUACAACAGAAAAAAAGAUGAAUGCACAGUGUAAAAAGAGCUUCAGUGAUUGAAUAGAUAUAUCACGGAAAGGACCGGUGACCUUGAUCUUUGUUUGCCCUAAAUAGUACAAAUUGUUACGAGCACAAAAGACCAGUGACUCUUAGUAAACUUGGAAGAAGACUGUGAAAUCCGAUCCAUCUAGUUUUUUUCUUGCUCGACUGAGGGACCAAAAUCUCAACCGUAACCCCACCUUCCGUUGUUUGUUACUAAUAUCAUUAUGAUUAUUA